CCAAGCCUUACGAAGAAUGAUGGCGGUCCCAAGUGGGCCGAAAUUCACUCAUUUAAAAGAUGAAACCAGGGACAACCUGGUGGCCAUAUUGAAAUCAGUAAGUGCUUGAAGAAUGUUUUCUUUGACUUAAAACAGCAAGUGAUUGGAUAGAUCUCAUAAACGGCUUUCGGCUUUUUCCGCAAAUCGAGCCUUGACAGUUCUCUCCAGCAGUGUUAGCACGACGAUAUAAACCUGUAUAAACUUAUAAAUUUACUCUCCCUAACAGCACCAGGUAGUCGGCUGAGCAAAUCUAUGUGUUAUAACAAAUUCUCUUUAACAUCAUGCGAUACGCAACGUAGUUCGGGUUUAAUGGUUUAUUUCAAAUAUCAUUAUAUUGGGUAAAUUCUGAAGCCUGGUAUGAGAAGCUGUCAAAUUAAUUAAUUAAAGAAUCGGAUGCAAGUAUCAAAAAUGUAGAAUACUGUAGAGUAACUGUCAGGGGCUUUAGUAAAAUAUGGAGUGAUUGGUGAGAAGAUGUUCUGCUUCAUGUAGUAGACAACGGUAGUGAAGAAAACGAAGACCCCGAAAGCGAAAAACAUGUGGGGAUUUGCACAGUAGUAACCUCUGUAAGGAAUAAUGGUGUGAUCUGGAUUGGGUGGAAACAAAAAUGUAAACAAGUUAGCUGGAUCUGUUUGUCACAGAAUGUACAGUCAGGUAACUGUUCACUUCUUAAACACAUAGUGUUUUGUGACCAAUGGAUGGCCAAGGAAAUGAAAACACUUUUUUUUUCUUUAUUUUAAUAUAGCCAGUUGUUGGUGCAUAUUAACUAGAACUCUUCAUUGAGAAUUUUUUUAUUUCCAAACUUAACCCACAGGUUCCAGAAAUGAAAGACCUUGUCAUUGAUCCUCAGUUGAUGAAACCAUUAGAUCACUUCACAGGUGCAUCUUUUCUAAAGGUGACAAACAGACCUUCCAAAUAAGUGUAAUUUUCAUUGGCAAUUUUGUCUUUCAACCAUAAGAUUUAUGGGGAAGGGUCUUCAAACUGCAAUAAAUUCUGGCUAGGUCAAAGUUUUACCCUUCAUAUUAACCCAAGACAGCCUAUUUUCCACCAGUUGUACUUUUUUUCUAUGCAUGGUAUUGGUUUAGUGAUCAUGUUCAGUAACUAACAGUGAGGAGGUUAUUGAGGAGAUUGACCAGCAUCUAACUUCUCCUUGCAACAUCACCCUGAAUCCUAAUAAGGUCAUGAGAAUGAAGGAAAUGGUCACCAGCUAGAGAGGCUCUUGGUUUUCAAACAAAUUCUUCUUGUUUGCUCUUUAGGAAAUGAAUAGAGCACAGCAUGGAGAAAAUGCAUACUGAUGUUAGGCUGUAGAGGGUUAUAGAGUUGCAGGACAUUAUAUUUUCAAGAAGUUUUCAAGCCUUCAUUGUUGUUGGUCACUAGAAAGUAAAAGAGAGUGUUUCACAAAAUUUAUUACGAUGAAAGUACAUGAUUUGAGAUUAAUUGUCAAAGGGCUGGUGGUAUGUUCAAAGCAGUAAAAUCAAGCCUUUCAUGUUGAGCCUUGUAGAUUUUUUCUGACAUAUUUACUUUUUCAAGCCAACAAUUGAGUCUGUGAUUUAGGAAAUUCAAACACUGAAGAUGUACUCUUAUCAGUUGAUACAAAUUGUGAUUUUUUCUUAGGAACAUGGUGUUAACAAGAUAUUUAAAUUGGAAAGUGGUAAACUUGAAGUUGGUGGAGACAAGUGAGUGAUUGAAAAAUUAGCCAUAAACUAAGGAAAUGUUCCAACUGAUGGUAGAGGCUAGCCAAAUGUGGGGGGUUGUUCACUUCCAGCCAUUAGGGAACUUGAGAAAACCACAACUAUGAUUGUAAAGAGAGAAUGACAAAAGAAAAGAUCUAAUGGGCCGAAAAAUAGCUCAGCAUGUGCAUUUAAAAAUUUUGUUCAUUUCUUAGCCUUCCUCUGCAAAAAAGAUGAGAAAUACAAAAUUAAGGCAUGGUGCUGUUAGAGACAGUAAAUACAUCAAGCCAGUAGCCAGAUUCUAAAUUCCAACUAAAAGUAUCAAUUCAGUUUUCUAUUGACAUCUGCAUGGAAUUGUUGUCCUAACUGCUUAAGAUCCCUACAAGGUGGACUCCUGAACAUCUUAACCCUUAAACUCCCUUUAGAGACAAACUUUCUCCUCACAGUAUCAAUAAACAACCUAGUGGAGAAGUAAUGAGAGUAAAGUAACAUACUAAUUAGAGGAUUAUUAACUGUUCCAAUACCAAGUUAUACAAACAAACAUUACAAGAAUUGCAUAGCAGACAAUAAGGAGAAUUACUAAUGAGAUCUUGGGGGUAAAAAGGUUAAUAUAGUUUAUUUGAUAUAGUAAUAAUGAUACUGUUUAAUAAUAUUAUAACAAUUAUGUGGAUAUUUACUCUUUUUAUGACUUUUGAAACAGUGUAAACUUAUUAGCUAUUGGUAAAUGGUUUGAACAUGUAUGUAUUAUAAUAAUUCAGUUGAAUUUGGCAAGAGACUUCUGCUUGACUAUUAACUCAAAGAUUGUAAAUAUUUGUUCAAAUUUUCACACAGGAGAAUUUACUUGCUGAGACCAGAACUUUUAUCAACAAAAUAUGUUGCUGGUAAGUGUCCCCAACAAUUAAUAUUUCAAAUGAAAGUUAAUUUAAAAAAAAACCACAAAAAUUAAUUUACAAUAUCAUUCAUGUAUGUACAAGCAAACAGUUUUCUGAGACAGUUUUCUAGUAUGUUUCUGGAGUACAGAAGAUAUACCAGUAAUCUUUGUGCAAGGUAAUGAUCCUAUUUCAUAUGCUAUCAUGGUUUUUUCUCUCUAGAUCAUAUAAAUAAUGACAAAAUGAGUGGGAAAAACAGGUCAUAUAAAAUUGUGUUUGUUCCAAGGAAGGUAUGUCUUUGAUUUCUUUUAAUUUCUUUGUUGUUUCAAUGUAACUAAAUUUAAUUCACCUUUUCUGGUGAAACUGGUUUUUCCAAAAACAUUUAAACCAGAUUGGUGUAAGGUUUCUAUUGUUUUUGGCUCAUUAUCUAAAACUGACUUUGGACAACAUUUUUGAGACUUACUGUAUUUAUUUGUGUAACACUUCUUCCUGUGCAAACUAUGUGGGUGACGUAAUAUACUUCCAGUAAGAACUGUGUGAGUUGUGAGUCACCAUGUGGUCUGGUCUUGAUAUUGAAACACCCAUCCACCUUAGAUGUAGGUCUGUGGGAAAGGGAGGGGGGGGUGGGGGUUGAUAGGAUAGAAAGCAGACUGUAAUUUGUAUGAAGUCCAAAACCCAAUUUUUAUCUCUACAAGUUUUAUCCAAGAUUUUAGCUUCAUGAAGAAUAAUUAGUUUUAUGGUUAAGGUUGGACCACUUUAUACUACAUUCAAGUGCACAGGACUAAAAAGAUCUUUCACUCCACUUUUCUUAGUAAUACUAUAAUUUCAACUUUUCUGCACUAUUCUUGGGGAAGAGAGAGGAUGUUUCUGAAAUUACUUGAUGGGCUAGUUUUUUUUACACCAGUGCUUGAACUCAACUGGCUAGUACAUGGUCAGGAUUUACUUGUAAGAUUGCUCAUAAAUGAGCAAAAUCCACAUGUAGCUGAAAUUUAAAAUCCAUUGGUAUUUGGCUGGUAGACCAUGCACCACCAGGUUGGAGCUCUGUAUGCUCUGCAAUAACAAGUAAAAAUGUUGUGUUCCUGUAGUUGUACUCUUGUGAGGUGAUUUUGGAGCAGGAAGGAGUGUAUGGAGGUAACAUUGGGAAUUUAUUAAUUACUAUUAUAUUAACUAUAUAUUAAGCAAUUUGGAGCCAUUGCUAAGGAAGAUGUUCAGUUUCCAGUAGAUUUUAAGGAUAUAUAUGACCAACAAAGUAAUUAUUUUACAGGCAUGCAUUAUGAUUAACUCUUUAAGGGAAGACAUGGUAUUUUAAUUAAAGUUUAAUUUUAUUUUUUGUGAUAAGAGAUAGGUAACAGUAGUUUUUGUUGAAGUAAAUUAAUUCAUAUGCAUUUCUGAAGAAGGUUAAAUAGUCAAGAUGGCAACAUAGUAGCCAAGUUGUAGAAUUCAGCUUUCUUCAUUUUUUAGUACUGAGACAAAAUCAAGGGUAAUUUAAAAGAAAAGUGUAAAAAGGCAAAUAUUGAAAACAAAUGAGGCAAGUACUCAGUCAUCUUGAUUGUGUAAGCUUUGUCUGUAGGGGAUUUAUUGUACUGUCAGCAAGAUGUUUUCAUAAACAAAUUGCAAAAUGGAUCUCUUAAACUUGUGUUGGUUUUCUUUGUCUUUGCUUUCCUUACAAUGUGAUUUGCAAAUCCAUUGCUGUAAAAGUUGAUAUUUAUCAUAAUAUUACAGAAAAAAGUUUCUCAGAAGUUAUAGAGUAUGUAAACUGGCUGGCUACAGAUAGUUUUCCUCAGGGAUUACAGAGCAAGAUCCUGUGUUUCAAAAACUAUAAGCCAAUGAAAAUUUACAAAAUAAUUAGAAUAAGAAAUCCCAUAUUUGAUGGUUGAACAUUAACAUGUAAUACUGGCAGACAUUUUGCUCAUUGCUUGCAUUUUUCCUCACCCAGGACUUGGAAAAAUAGUACUCAACUUGCAAAAUAUCUGCCUGUAUUUAUAUGUUAAUAAAUCAAGUAAGGUAAACUGUAUACUUAUUGUACUAAAAACAAAUAUAUAGUUGCUUAGUAUAGAUACCCAGAUCUGGAUGUUUAAUUCAAUCCUUAUGAGAGACUGUACCAUCUGUCAUUGGUUCAGGAUUUAACUGAUUCUUCAAUUUAAUUUAUAAAACAAUAAGUUUUUCUCAGAGAUGUGUGUAAGUCAUUCUUAAACCUUUUCAGUAUUCAAAGAGAAUCUGAGAUGAUAUGAGUACUAAUUAUCAGUAUUUGAUUACAUUUUUGAGUAGUGUUUGUCCCUUUUUUUAAACUAUAAAAAUAUAUUGAAUUUUUAGUAUUAAUGUGGAUGUUUCUCUUUGAUUCAAGAUGUAUCUUUUGAUGAAUUUCAACUGGGAUUUAUUCCACUUGAUGAAGAUGUACUGACGUUGGAAAUACCAAGCUUUCUCAAAGAUUAUUUCUUGGUGAGAUUUGGCUGGUAAAAGUUUUAUUUUCAUAAUGUUUAUUGGCCAGUUCUUACUAAGGAGGAGAUUAUUAGAAAUUAUCAUUGGAAAUAAUCAUGUGAUUGUAAAGUUCAACUACUUUGUACACGAAAAUAUCCAUAAAAUUUUUCUUACUGCUUCAGGAUAGUGGAGACUUGUUACUUAUCAGCCUCUUCCUCUGGUACUUGACCCUUCAACUCCCAGAAGUGAUUAUCAUGUAACUUCUCCCUACAAUAUCCAUUCAGUAUCCAGCAAACAUGUAAUGAUAAAAUUCACACUUGAGGUAGAAGACAUAACCUUGAUCUAACACCAUAAUUAUUCUUGUCACUGAUUUACAAAUGUGUAGCAGCAAGAUGAGGAAAUUAUCAAUUAGAUCUUGGUAGUUAAAUUGGGUUAAAGGUUCAACCCCAUCAAACUGCUUAGAUAGUGUAGAAGAGCAUGGGAAGGCUUGAUUGGAGCUCCUGAAGGGGCCAAAUGGGUGCAGUUUAACAUAUACUGAACAAAGCUGACAGCAACUCCACUCUUGUGUUGAGUUUGAAGAAACCCCUGUCAGGUCAUUUGUGGCAAGAAGAUGUCUCUUCUUGUUUUCUGACACUUGCUCACUGGACUAGUGAUGUUGUGUUCCAGUUCCAAUGGGAAAGAUGGAUUUUAUAGGUUUUUUUUCCCUGGGUGACCACUGAUAUAGCUUUGAUGGUGAUUUUCAAAUUCAGCACAUUUAUUAGACGUAAGUGAAACUUUGAAGUGUUGCACCACAUAAAUCAUUUCAUUUUACUGAAACAGAAUAAAAUAUCUAUUUCUGCUCCAGGAUGGCGACCAAACAUCACUUUCUUUUGUUGCUUGUUCUCUGAUGAAUCUGCAGAGAUGGUAUGGUACAAUCCCAAGUACAUAUGGCCUAGGAAACUGUGCUAAGGUAAUGAUAAGAUGUUUUAGAUAUUAACUCAAACUGCACCAAAAAAAUUGGUUUCAGAUGUUAAACAUUUUAUCAUGAGAGUGGUUAUCUCAGAUUUGUUUUGGAAUGUUCUCAGUUACAGAUGGCACAUUUCAAACUGUGUCACUGCAAGUUUAAAGGAAACCACAUUGAAUAUAAAUUUUGUCACUGAUCUUUUGGUAAUGAUUUCUAGAUGGUUGGAGAAUUGCUUAAAAAUAUGCUGGAUGAGGAAGGAGACUAUAAACCUGUUGAUGGUCCUGAAAUAGGAUCCCUUAUCCUUAUUGACAGAGGUGAGUAUCAGACAGCUGAAUUUGACUGUUUUGUGUUGAGUACUAUAUAUGAUUGGAAAAAAGAAAAGAAAGAAAGACAUUAGAAUGUCAUGUGGCUCAAAGCCACAAUUUGGAAGUGCAUUAUUUACAGUCUAUGUAUGAAGGCAGGUGCAAUGGUGUGGUAGGGGUUUUCUCUUUUUUGUCAAGAAGUAUAGGUCUAUGACAGUAAAGAUUUGGCAGAAACUGGGUUACAUAUUGAUAAGUUACCAGACAAUGCUUUUUUGUUUAAUUUAAAUUUUAUCAAGAAAAGUAACUUUACCACAUGAAUGUUCACCUUUUUCUUUUGCUCAUUGAAAAGAGAGUAAUGUGUAACACAAAUCAUUUUCUAAUUUUCAAAUAGGAGUGGACUUUGUUACACCACUCUGUUCUCAAGUCACAUAUGCAGGAGUUCUUGAUGACACCUUUGGCAUUAGAAGUGGUAUAUAAACAUCAAUAAUAUUAUAAAAAAUGGCCAAUUUGUCAUUCAGUCAAUCAGUCAUGUAUUCAGUCAAUCAGUCAUGUAUUCAGUCAAUCAGUCAUGUAUUCAGUCAGUUAGUUGGUCAGUUAGUCAGUUGUUUGGGGAGUCAGUCAGUGUGUCAGUUGUAACAUGACAUUGUAGUGUGUCAGUCAGUCAGAUAGUCAAUAGGUCAAAUGAAUAAAGGGGUAAGUUUCUAAAGAAACUGUGGUGCUGCGUCGGUGGGAGAGUAUAGCAGAUAAUUUAGUGUUAACAACUGGGUUGAAAACGUAAAUUAGCCACCGUAAAGGGUAAAAAAGCUGAUGUUUCGAGCAUUAGCCCUUCGUCAGAGCAAUGGUCAAGUAGUUAGUUAGUUAAUUAGUCAAUAGGUCACCUAAUCAGUCAGCCAUCCUGUAACUCCUAGUGCCAAUAGGGACAGUUGAUGAAUUCUAAAGUUCCAAAAUUGGUUUGAAUAAAUGUAUCCAGGAAUUGUGGAGCACAGGAAAAUUGGUCAUUUAGAUACUGGUAUAAAAAUUUUUUUUAAGAUUGUGAUUUUAAGUUUGUUUCAUAUUUUACAUUAUGGAAACAUUUUGGAGCAUAUGUUGAACAAGUCUUGAAAUCAUUAAUGUACUUGUGCAUUAAAACUUGAGCAGAAUGUGAAUGAUGACCUUUUUUCCUCAAGUUUCACUGUAUCUUUUCAUUUUUCCUGAAGGUGUGGUGGAGUUUGGACCAGAAGUCACCGGUAAAGAUCAGAACACUAAGAUGUUAUUGAAUGACCAAGACUUGGUGAGGUUUGCUUGACAUUUAACACAACAUUGUACCACAAAUGAUUAUUAAUUCUUAAAACACACUUGCAGAAUUUGAAAAAUCCUGGGGUCAAUUUAAUGAAGAAAAUACAAUUGUACCUUUUACUUGUGUAAUUUACAGGGGUACAAAGUUGGACUUGUACAGUAAAUGCAAGGAUUUGAUUAAACAAUAUUCCACCAUGGAAUUUUACAUGUAUAUUUUGAGUCAGUAUAAAAGACAUUGUAAAUUACAAUUGUAAAAUUAAACAAGAGGGUGUCAAUGGUGUGGUGGAUUUUAAGGAUACUGGCUCAUUUCUUCCCGUUAAUUUUAAAACAAAGUUUUUUAUGGUUAAUUUUUUUACGACUAACAGUUAAAAUUUGUCAAUUUUCACUCCUCGUGGAAAUUUUUUUUGCUGUUUCACAUCUUACAGUUAAGCUUAUUGAGACCCUCUUACAACUGUAGACUCUGCUUGAAUGCAGGUGUAUCUUUAAUAUAAUAAUGCAGUUAAAAAUUGCUGCUUUCCUUUCAAUGUAUGUGGCUUUGUUUCGUUUGCUUACAAUUGUAUUCUUGAACAGUCAUUGAGCAUGUUAUCCAAACAGCAAAAGUUGCUUUUGGCUCAGCUUGUGAGGGAACAUAAAAUAAUCUAUGUUUUUGGUGUCACUUUCAUCAAGAAUGAUGAAUUAAGUAAAGCAAGCAGUGUGGGAAAAGAUUCGCACACAAUUAAAUGGUGUUGGUGCAAACAUAGACAAAGGCCAAACCCUCCGAUGUUUUAUGGGCCAAAAUUUGCAGGCUUGGUCUACACUCAAAAAAGGAAACAAAUCAAAGAAGACUGGUGCAGGGGGGAUAGAAGGAAUUUGUUGCAAGGAAGUGGAGAAAUACUAAAAGUUGCUUUCUUGCUGUUACUCCAUGCUCUGUUAUGUCUUGUUCUUUGUUCCAAACACAGGCCUAUUAAUUCCAAAAGGUAGGUGGAGGUGUCCACAGGCAGAUGAAAGUUCUCUUGAAGUUCCCUUGGAUCUUCAUAGUUGAAAAGCUGUCUUUUUUGGAAAUUCCUAGUUUGGCAGAUAACUUAAUGUCACUGCAGCUAGUCAGAGCUUAGGAGAGUUCCUUACCAGUAUAAUUUUACAUGUUCGGAAUGAUUAAUUGGUUAUUUCUUUCCAUUAAUGUGUUCAGGUGUUUUGUGACAUUAGAGAUCGUCAUUUUUCCAAUGUGUUUGGGUAUCUCAGUCAGAAGGCAAAGGAUGUUCAAUCUGGAUAUGAUGUGAGUCUAUGUUACAUUGAUCAAUGACAAAAUAAGCCUGAAAACAUUCUGACAAACAACACAUUAGUGAAAUAUUCUGACAUAUUUUUGUUGAAAGAGAGUGGGGUGGUCUGUUGUUGUCUUUUGUGGUAAGUUACAUGUUGACAGAUGUCCACAUUGAAGUCAUUUUUUCAUACUCAUAUAGUGUCUCUUCACUGGGGACUGUUAUUGGUUGAUGAUGAAAUGUUACUAGGCAUUGCUAUGCAUGUGAUGAAUCUAGCAGAAAUAGCAAUAUCUUCAGGCUUUUUCUGAGACACAAAGCUCAGCUAGCAGUGAUCAGGCACCAAUUCUGUGGCACAUUCAGUCAUGAAAGGCACUCACAAUCUUUAAUAGUUUUGUAGAUGUUUUAAGUCCUGCCAUUGAUAGUAGGGAAAAAUGCUUUCUUCUUGCUUUGAUUUCUUGUUCUUAUAAAGAAUUUCUUUAUUCACAGAAACGACAACAGUUAUCAACAGUAAGUGACAUGAGGCAGUUUGUGUCUUCUGAGCUGAGAGGACUGAGACAACAACACAAAGGAUUAACUUUACGUAAGUUGAUAUCAAAUAAAAAACUCAUUUACACAGCAGUAUUUUUUCGUAUGCAUCUAAUCUACCUCAGAUGUGAAAAGUGUCUUCCAGUAUCAACUGUUAACGCUUUUGAAAAACAGAAUUUGUUUCCAUAAUAGGAUACUAAAUGGUGGUUACUGAGGUUGAUCAUUAUGUGCAAAUUAUCACUAACAAAAGAGAUUCUUUCUUUAUGUUUUUAUCUUAUUAUUAUAAUUAUUAUUAUUAUUAUUAUUAUUAUUAUUAUAAUUAUUAUUGGAGGGGGGUAGCUAGGAGGGGGGAGCUAGGGGCAGUAUCAGUAUCAGGGUUUUAGAAAAAAGGUAAGGUAUAGGUUCAUAUGGCCAAGCAUUUCCAACACUGAAGAAGUAAUAGGUUUUUAUUCCUUCACUUGACAGAUAUUGGUGCUUGUGAAGUGGUACUCAAGACCAAGACUAAGGAGAACUUUGAAAGGAGGCUUCAAGCAGAACACAGUAUGUAGAUCAAAAAAAGUUGUCUGUCUUUUCUGCUGUGGGCAAAUUUUCUUUUAAACGAUGUUAAUUAUUUUCUAUAAAAACAAAAGGAAAAUAUGAAAUUAGAUGUGUAAUUUCAGGAGGUGUUUUCGUGAUAAUUUACAGAAUUUAUAUCAUAAAUCUUUUCAUUUCAGAUAUGUUGGAACUUAUAGAAGAUAAGGAGGAUAUUGAUUAUGCUGAAGAGAAUAUUAUCAGACAGGUUUGUUCUUGGUUGCUUCUCACUACUGAACUAGUGGUUGAAAUAAAGCCUGAAAACAAUUCAGGCCCAUACGGACUGAAUGUUUUCAGGUCUUAUGAGAAAUCAGGUAUUUUGUACUAUUAAUCUUAGAAAAAAAAGAGUGUGCAUUUUUGUGUAACUUAUGUUGAAGAAUGUAAUACCAAUAAGCCCUUCUGGGUAGCUUAGCCUGAUACUUUAUCUCUUGGCUAAGCUAUGUCACUACAGCUCACUGGAUCAGGAUCUGUUAGAGGUAGAUACUGCAAACGAAAAAUCGUACAUUAGAGGGGUAGCACCUGGCUCAGUGCACCUUUUGCUGGAAAUGAAGUAUUCGUUAUUUCAUUAUAGGGCAAUUUCUAAUGGAAAGUCUUGUCUUGACUGGUUGACGCCAGUAUUAUGUUGUUAAAUUAUAUAUUUUUGUUCAACAGAUUACUCCAUUUAAAACACUGCAGCUGUUAUGUUUGAUGUCCUUAACUCGUGGAGGUGAUUUUUUUUGUCUUUCCUUUUUCUUACUUCCUCUUACCCAAGAGUAAAACAAGAAGAAGAUGAAAUAAAUUGAAUGAUAUAAACGUGCAAAUCUUGCUUGGAUGGAUACGUUUUGCUACUGCAGUUUGCAUGUCUGCUUUGUUUCUGAGUUGUACCUGAGAUUUUUUAUCGAUACAGUAGAAAGUUCUAGAUAACUGUUCCUUGUGUCUUAGUUGUGGUUCUUCAUGUGUUAAAAAUUUUCAGGAGUUGACCCCAAAGUGCACCGUAGUCUAAAGCAUAAGUUCCUUCAGGUGAGUCCGUGUGUGGGAUUUUCAUCAUCAUUUUAACUUCAACUUUAACUUUAAUCAAUUUACAGCAAAUAAAUAUAUGUACAUACAAACAUAUAAUUAAUAGCUGAUGGAAGACCUAGCAACAGGAAUGAACUUCCCUAAAGAUAAAGGCCACCAGAAACUAUAUGUAUAAAAGAGAGAACAAAAGUAAAGUAUACAUAAUUACAGGCAAUAUCAUAAAACGAGUAUGGUAAAAUGCUACAUGUUAAAACUAAGUGCUAACUAAAGUUAAGUAACAAUCACUUUAAAUCACUGCUAUCGAUAGCAAAACAGUAGCGUCUUAGGUCAUUUUUGAACAUUGAUAGUGAUUCCCUUCUCCUAGUAGAUAUAGGUAAAUUAUUCCAAAGACGAGCAACUCUGGGAAAAAAAGAAGACCUAACUAAUUCUGUUCUUGCAUAGUUAGUUUUAAAGGUUAGUUCAGUGUUCCUUAAAUUAUAGGGUUCAUGCUCAGAAUCAUAAAACUGCAGGUACUUAGAGAUGUCGAGAUCAUAAUAACUAUGCAGGCAUUUGAAUAAAAAAAUUAAGUCUAAAUAGAUACGUCUAGAAGAUAGUGACAUCAAACCAGUCUUAUUCAAACGUUCUUUGUAAGGAAUCCUAUUCCCGACCAUGAGCUUAGUCGCCCGACGUUGUACAGCCUCUACCAUAUCACUUAAAUAAGCUUGAUGAGGAGACCACACUUGACUUUAAAGAGUGAAAAGUGGGAAUCAAAGCUGAUGUUUCGGCAAAUUAAAUACCAAGAACAAUUUGAAUCACUACAUACACGUAUACGUCAUACAAACGUAUUGUAGUAGGUGGGAUACAGGGUUACUUACUUGAUCCACCUGAUCCAACUGUACGUCAUACAAACUUAUUGUAGUAGGUGGGAUACAGGGUUACUUACUUGAUCCACCUGAUCCAACUGUACGUCAUACAAACUUAUUGUAGUAGGUGGGAUACAGGGUUACUUACUUGAUCCACCUGAUCCAACUGUACGUCAUACAAACUUAUUGUAGUAGGUGGGAUACAGAGUUACUUACUUGAUCCACCUGAUCCAACUGUUUUCUCAUAAUGCAUGCGCUUCAGAUUAUUUACUCAAAUUUUUACUUGUAUGAACUUGCAAGAAUUUGCCCGCGAAACAGAUAACAAACUUCACAGUUACGAAAGACUUUACUAUGACAGAGAAGAAGGACGCAAAAAGAAAAGUCGAAUCAAGUUUUUUGUGAGUAAAAAUUGUUUUCACAAGGAAGCGAGAAGUGUAAUUUUGUAUCCACUCCUGGAAGGCAAUCAUCACACUACUCACCAUGUUUGCAGCCUUGCAGAGUAUUUUGCCUUCCCCAAUUUAUGCAGCUGUUAGUGCUGAGAAUGAAUAUGUUAUUUGUAUUUCUGUUGCAGAGUUUUGGACACGAACACAUGCUUACAUUUAAUUCUCUCAAGCAAUUAGGGCUGUACACUGAACCAGAUGUAAGUCAAUUUAUUAUUUCACUUUUUUACUCUCUUGAGGGAAGCUUAAUUCUCUGACAUACUCCUUUGUUUUCAUACCGGCUACUUGUCAUUCAGUUAAAUAGUUUUGUUUGCCUUAUAUUUAAGUUAUUUCUAGUGUUGGUUCUUUGGGAUAUCAUCCAAUCCCGGAUCAGCUUUUUUGGCUCAUUUGUGGGGUUGUUUUUCCAAUAGUUUUAAAUACCUACUUUAAGAUGAUAAAUUGAACAACAGUGAACAGUGUCUCUGAACUAGAACUGUUCUGUACGUGAUUGAAAUUUGUCAUGUGAUGAAAACGUUAACGACAGAAAAUUUUCCCUGGAUAUUGAUACUGUGUCCAGAGGCACUUCUUAUUUUUUAUUUUUUUUUUUUCAUUUCAAUAGAAGAAAAGCACCUUUAAGAUUCUAAGUAAACGACUUAGUCUGGUAAGUACAUGUAUGGCCAGCUCCACUGCGAAUCUUGCCUUCUGAUUGGCUAACCGAGCGGUCUUUGAUCUCACAAAGUCUUUGUAAACAGUUGACAUGUACUUUGUAACUUAAAAAUACAUUUUGUGCUAUAGGAAAUUAUUUUUCCCCGUGCAUUUACAACGGUGGAGUCGCCUACAAUAGAAAGUAAAAAUAAAGGAAACCUCGACGAGUAUCACGAAUUUAUUUUGCAGUUACUUGGUCUGGUCUCUCCACCGUAAUUAAAUACAAUCCAUUAUUGACCCAGCUUAUUCGGUCAAGAUGGUGACAUAUGAGCGUCGUUCUUUUUUACAAUUUCAUGGACCUCGACCUCGGGCCACAAAAAAGAAAAGAAGAACUCGGCCGAGCAUGCUCGGUCAGUAACGCUCCUUUAAUCAUGUCUUGCUAGAUACACGGGCAAGUUUUAAAUCCGAUAUGCUAAUAUUGCAUUGUUAUCAAUCUUUGGUUCCGACUGGUUCUGACUCCUUAGCUUUCGGACUGUUAUUUACUUUAAGGUGCCAAAGGAUGUUGGUAAGAUUGAUCUCAAGAAUCCGCAAGACAUGUCGUAUGUCUUUAGCGGUGCGUACACUCCUAUUUCCUGUAGGCUGAUUGAGCAGGUAAGCUGCUGCCUAUCUAAGAGCUAAGAAAUGGAAAUGGAAUAUUAUCUUGAUUACCCUCUAUCGGUUUAGACUAUAAACCGGCCGUAAAUAUGUAGAGUUCUAUUGUGGGCUAGCGAGAAUAUGUCGGGGAAAGGCUCGUGCUUCGAAUUCAAAUGAUAUAUCAUCGACUGAAAGUAAACGUGUAUGUCGAGAGCUGAAUGGUUCUCGAUUAAGGGAGAAAUCAGAGGAAUAAGCCUUGUAGUUUUAGACCUCUCUUGGGACGAAAAGUCAGUUUUAAGAUGAUUUGCUUAAUGAAAUGGACAUGACGUGUUUUCACUUGUGGUUCUAAAACUUAAAAAUCUUCCUGUUUUUCGAAGGGAAACUAUUUUUGUUUUCGGCUAAUUUCAGUCCUUCUGGAAUUUUAUUUAAAAGGUCCUGCUGAAUGGUAAAUCUACAUUUGAAGAGAUGUCCACAUUACUGGCUGUUGAGCAUUUUUCGUCGCGAAUGACUUCUUCUGUAAAAUCAUCUUCUGUUCAUGGAACAAGAGGUAACUCGUAACAGAAGCAUACUCACCGGUCGCCUUGAAGCGAAAUUCGUCCCUUAUCGAUGACCUAGCUUAUUUCUAAUCAACGCGUUUUUAUUAUUCCCUGCCGGGGUGGAAUACAGUAAGGGUUUGUCUUAAGUUUUAUCUUAAUCUGUCUUGUUUUUUAAUAAUUAAUUCUUUUGGCCUUUUUACCAUUUAUCCUUUCCUAAAUUUGUAUUCGUCGAAAACUCCCCAAGCUACAUCUCUUUCCCCAUAUCGUGUCUACUAUUUUAACGGGUCCCUGUUAUAAUAAUACAUCUAUCUGAUUAUCCAGCAUCCAAAUGUGUACUGGUUAUGUUUCUCGGUGGUUGUACCUUCUCGGAGAUUUCAGCGCUCAGGCUUCUGGCGAAAAAGUUAGGUGAGCUAUCGACAGAUGUACUUUUUUUUAUCGUAAAAGGUACAACUUGGAUUUGGACUAAUAAUUGUCGUUGGAAGUAAACAUUACGUGUAACGAAUUGAGUUAAGAGCAGUGGAGAACGGGGGUGUAACAGCGAAAGCGUUAUCUAUUCAACUCCGAAUUUAUUUUACACAGCUAACAUACAGCAACAGUAGCAGAAGGUUGAAAUUAAGGAUGAAAGACGAAGGAUAGAGCGCAGUUUUUCUGCUUCAUGUGGUCCUAUGACGCUCGUCACCUGUCGCUAGCGCUCCACACUAGUUCCUCAGAGAAAACGCGAGCACCUGAGGAAGAGGCUGAGUGCUAAUUGUGCCUGUUCAAUUGAAAUUUCGUUUCCUCGCAAUCAUUUAAAGCACACGCGAUAAUUCCAUAAGAUAAAGAGACGAAAUAAACGUAAUGAUUCUAGGCUGAGGGAUGAAUAAGUAUUAGUGUACAACCCAGAGCAUUGGAUUUGAACAAUCUUGUUUUUGUUUGUAUUGCAGGAUAUCGAAUAAUAGUGGCCACGACAUCAAUUUUAAAUGGAACUCGACUUUUGGAGUCGGUCACAGAAACCAAUCGUAAAUAGAACUCCGUGUAAUAUACGGGUUGUUUUUUACUGAUCGUGUCCCAUUAUCAUUGUCAUGGACAUGACACCACAGUCGAUGCAAAACUUCUGAGACACAAGAAGCCUGGCCAUGAAGCCUGAUCAUGAGGCGGAUUUACCAGACCUUUGCCUGCAUCUGAAAUUCCACGGAGUUUACAAUCAAUGUUGACCUCAAGUUACUUUAAGGUUACUCCAAAACUUCACAGGUCAACCUGUGGGUCUCUAAAUUUAUGAAUAUUGUUCUCUUAAUAUUCAUUUUCAACAUUGGCACUAUGUGUUAUUAUUUUUGAGAGAUUUUAAGAAAUCACUUAGGAACGAACGAAAAGCGGAAGAUGACCUCAACUGCUCCUAAUUCUGUUUUCAAUUUCAUACAUGACGUUGUUGAUUAAAUUUGUGAUACACUCCGGGGCGAGCGCCCAUAACUAAGUUGUCUAUUUUUACAGACACAAACGAUCACAUAAGAAUAUAAUGUAGAGAUAUAGAUCUUAUCACAUAAGAAUAUAAUAUAGAGUAGCCUCUUAGAUAGAAAUCCAUUCAACUUUGUAAUAGAAAAACUAAUUUAUUAGAACCACAAAUUGUUGUAAAAUAAAUAAAUAGAUCUUGCAACCUCG